AUGGACGCGGAUUCGAGUAAUUCUUUAGAGGACUUUGACGAGGAGGAGGCUGAGGCGCUGCGGGAAGAGAACGAGUGCGAGGAGGAGCUGGUGGACCAGGUCACCACCGCCAUCGGGUCGUUCCUGAAGCGCUUUGGCGACAGCGUGCUGCCCUACGUGGAGUCCCUCAUGCCACACAUCGCCCCCCUCCUGGACAAGUCGCGCACCGAGGAGGAGCGCCGCAUCGCGCUGUGUGUGGUGGACGACCUCCUGGAGCACUCGCCAGCGGGGCGCGCCAAGUACGCGCCGCAGUCUGGGGGAAAGGGGCUGGGCGCGGGGGACGGGCGGCGGCCGGCUGCGCGGGACCGGCUCCGUGUGCGCGGCGCCCAGCGCGAGUGGUGCGCGUUUACAGUGCUCCCCGUCCUCCUCGACGCGUGCGGCGCGUCCCACUCCGACCUGCGGCAGUGCGCGGCCUACGGCGUCGGCGUCGUCGCGGCGCGGGCGCCCGAGGUGCUCAAGCCGCACGCGCAGGCGGCGCUCGCGCGCGUCAUGGCGGUCAUCCAGCAGCCGGCUACGGGCCGGGUAUGA